AUGAGUGAUGUCAGAAAAGGUGCAUGUGUAGCUCUGGGAAUUCUUGGCGAAAAAGGAGCAACUAAAGAGGUGAUCAAAGGACUUUUAACUGCACUUAGCGAUGUGGAAAGCUCUGUCAAAGUAACUGCAUGUAACGCUCUGAUACGAUUUGGUGAAAAAGCUGCAACUGAAGAGGUGAUCCAGCGGCUUCUAGCUGCACUUAGCGACCAGGCAUGUUAUGUUAGAGAAAGAGUAUGCAAAGUUCUGAAAAACCUUGGCGAAAAAGCUGCGACCGAAGAGGUGGUCAAAGCACUUUACACUGCACUUGGAGAUAAGAACUGGUCUGUCAGGCAAGCUGCAUGUGAAGUCUUGGCACGAUUCAGCGAACAAGCAGCAACUGAGGAGGUGAUCAGAGGACUUUUAGCUGCAUUGAGCGAUGUGAAAACGUCUGUCAGAGAAGGUGCAUGUAAAGCUUUGGGACGCUUUGGUGUAAGAACAGUAACUGAAGAUGUGAUCAGAACAUUUUUGAGUGCGCUUAGCGAUGAGAUAUGUGAUGUCAGAAAAGGUGCAUGUAUAGCUCUGGGAAACCUCGGCGAAAAAGCAGCAACUCAAGACGUUAUCAAGGGACUUUUCACUGCACUUAGCGACGUGAAGAGGUCGGUCAGAGAAGCUGCAUGUAAAGCUCUGGCACGAUUCGGCGAACAAGCAGCAACUGAGGAGGUGAUCAGAGGGCUUUUAGUUGCAUUGAGCGAUGUGGAAACGUCUGUUAGAGAAGGUGCAUGUAAAGCUUUGGGACGAUUUGGUAAAAAGGGAGCAACUGUAGCGGUGAUCGAAGCGCUUUUCACUGCACUUAGCGAUAAGGAAAAGUUUGUCAGAUUAAGUGCAUGUAUAGCUCUGGGGAACUUUGGGGAAAAAGCAGCAACUGAGGAGGUUAUAAAACGACUUUUAAGUGCACUUAGCGACGAGAGCUAUUUUGUCAAAGAAGGUGCGCAUAAAGUUCUCGCACACAUUGGUGAAAAAAGAGCAGCAACUGAAGAAGUGAUCAGAAUACUUUUGAGUGCGCUUAGCGAUGAGAUGAGUGAUGUCAGAAAAGGUGCAUGUGUAGCUCUGGGAAACUUUGGCAAAAAAGUUGCAACUGAAGAGGUGAUCAAAGGACUUUUAACUGCACUCAACGAUAAGGAAAAGUUUGUCAGAUUAGGUGCAUGCAAAACUUUGGGACACCUAGGUGGAAAAGCAUUAACUGAUAAGGUGAUCGAAGCAGGUUUAAGCGCACUUAACAACGAGAACAGUUAUGUCCAAGCAACUGCAUGUCGAAUUCUGGCAGGAUUUGGUAAAAAAGCAGAAAGUGAGGUGGUGGUCAAAGUAGUUUUAAGCGCACUUAAGGACAGGCACGGUAAGGUCAAAGUAGCUGCAUGUCACGCUCUGGAGCGAUUAGUUGAAUCAACAGCAACUAAAGAAAUGAUCAAUGCGCUUUUCACUGCACUCCGAGACAAGAACCUGUCUGUCAGAGUAGCAGCAUGUGAAGCUCUGGGGAAUCUUGGCGAAAAAGCAGCAACUGAAGAGGUGAUCAAAGGGCUUUUAACUGCACUUGGGGAUGUGGAGGCGGUCAGAGAGGGUGCACGGAAAGCUAUAGCGUGCCUUGGUGAAAAAUUAGUAGACUUCAACGGCAUCAAUGGUGUGGUGAAUUUAAUGCUCAAUUCUCCUUCAGGUGGGCUACAUAUAUCAUUUCUAGGUCACCCAAAUCCUGUGACAGAAAUAAGUAGACGAAUAUUUGCUUUUCUUACAUGCAAAGAUCGAUUGUUCAGCGAAACUGUUAGUUUCGAUGGGGUUCAUCGAGUAAAACGUCAAAGUUUACUACCAAAACUAGAAACUUAG